CUGAGCGAUGCUAUCGUCGUAUGGAGAGCUUGGGCUUUAUGGUCGGGCAAUAGAAUCAUUACGAUUGGUCUCAUAUGCCUUCUGGCAGUCACGGCCAGUACGCUGCUCUCUAUUUUUUUUACCGAUGUUAUCCACGGAAGCAGAGUAGGAGGUAUUGUCCAACGUACCAGUUGGCUAACAGCAUUCAUGACGAAUGUGGUGGUUACAUCACUUGUCGCGUAUAAAGCAUGGAAACAUAGACAGUUCAUCAAAUCACAAUUUGGCAGUGGAAGCAAGCGAACGAACACUGAAAAGAUUCUCAUCCUCUUGAUCGAAUCUGGUGUGCUUUAUUGCCUUGUAUGGGUGAGUUUUAUAUCUCAAGGUGUU